AGAUUGAUCUAAUAGUAUUGUUUCAUCAUUGAUUUUGAUAUAUUGAGGGGCUGUUUUGUUACCGGUGUCGGUAUUGUGGGCCUCGGACUUCAACCAGCAAUUGCUUCAUCGAGCAAUGCCAACAAGCACGUGUAACUAAGCUAGCUUAUUUUACCUACUCUGCCAGGAGAUCUCAGACUUCUUCCCAUCAACACCAAAUUACACGCGAAAUAAAACAACAAGCCCACAUCAUGACCAACACGCAUUCUCUCCCCAUACCAGGUGUUAAACAUGGAGAACGCAUGGCCCUUUCCAUACUGGACGAGAGGGCACAAACGGAUCCCCAAAGUCCUUGGGUCUCAGUACCAGUAGAUGAAGAAGAUAUUUCUAAAGGAUACAAAGAUAUCACGUAUAGUCAGUUUGCGAAUGCAGUCAAUCAUGCUGCACACUGGUUGGUGCAACAUCUUCCAGCAUCGCAGGAAUCUUUUGAACCUUUCGCUUAUGUUGGCCCAAAGGAUUUGAGAUAUCCUAUUUUGGCUAUGGCUGCUGGAAAGGUGGGCAGAGUGGUAUGUUAUAUUCUCAUUAGGCAUCGCAAAUUUGUUUAAGGCUAUACUUAUUUUGUCGCGUUCGGGUGAUAGAUGGUUUUACCUUCGCCGAUGAUGACACCAGAAGCACAACUUCAUAUCUUAGAUACGAAGAAGUGUAAUCUCUAUGUGAGACCAGACAGUAUGGAAAAAGUUGUUGAUAACACUGUUUCUCGCCGUGAAGGUCUUCAGAUAAUCUCUGCGCCAAAACUCGAAGAGCUGCUUCAAGACAAAGAGGCACAGGGCUUUAUUUAUGAUAAGUCUUGGAAAGAGGGAAAGGACGACCCUUGGUUGGUAUUUCAUACUUCGGGGACAACAGGUAAUAUGACUCUCGCUUUAAAUGAUCAUGAUCAUAUUUUGAUGUGGCUCAUUUAGGAUACCCGAAGCCUAUCACAUAUACGCAUAGGAUGAUGGCAACUCCGGAUGUGGCUGUGAAGUUGACAGGGGACGAUGAGUCGCAUAUGCAUCAUUAUGCAUUCAAGAGAUGGUAUACUCCUUUACCAAUGAUUCAUGUGCGUUGCCCACGGCAUUUUUCAAAGCAUUCAGCCAUCCAUGCUUAUAGCUUAUAUUCGUGAACAGUUUGUUGGAAUGUUGAUUGUGUUAUCUAUGACUACCUUUGUUCAGACAGUGGUAGUCCUUGGACCAUCAAAGGUUCCACCAACGGAGAAGACACUUAAUGAUAUCUUCAAGUUCGGUCGUGUCGAUGGUGCCCUUCUCGUACCAGCUAUUAUUGAUAGGUUAUGUCGAGACCCCUCUGGACUAGCCGCAUUGAAAAGCCUAGAAUACGUCCAUUACGCUGGUGCACCGCUAGGUGCGAACAGCGGUAAGAAGCUAGCCCCGUUUGUUAAGCUGGUCCCCUGCAUCGGUAGCACUGAAGUAGGUGGAUAUUUCCACAAAGUUCGAAACGAAACGGAAGAUUGGGACUAUAUUGAGUUCAACACGAGCGCCGGGGCCGAAUUUGAGCCACGACCUGGCAACCUUUUUGAACUAGUGUUUGUGCGGAGACCUGAAUGUGCAGCCAUGCAGCAAAUAUUUCUCUUAUAUCCGGACCGAGACCGUUUUGAAACAAACGAUCUUUGGACUGAGCAUCCGACUCGUAAGGGAUUAUUCAAGAUUGUUGGUCGAACAGAUGAUUAUAUUCCUUUGUCCCACGGAGAUGGCUUAUAUGCAUCGACUGUGGAACGCGAAAUCGAACGCCAUGAACUAGUUCAGGCGGCUUUGGUAGGUGGACAUGGCCAACCAAAGCCUGUCUUGUUGAUCGAGACUAUUCCAGAGGCGCGCAUCCAAGGAUCUCAUGCGGAAUUCGUGCAGAGCUUACUACCCUAUCUGGAGAAAUCUAAUGCUCUAUGCCACGAUUCUGUGCGGAUUUUGCCCGGAUUAGUCUUGCUUGCGAAGCCUGAGAAACCUUUUGUGCGGACUUUGAAAGGGAGUGUGGCAAGAAUACCGAGUUUGAGUCUUUACGAGCAGGAGAUCGCGGACGCUUAUAGCAGUAUCCUCUGAGGCCGAGGCAUACGAAUUUUUAUUUUGAAAUAAGAUUUAUGUGGUUUAUUAUCAUGACUCUCCAAACGGCGAUAGCUUAGUUUUCUUUUUAAAUAUCUAGGGACUCGAUCUUUUGAAGUCAAGGCCAAGAAUACAGAAUUUUGACUUUAAUAACCUCAUGUUAAAAGAAGUUAAAAUUUCUAGCAAAACACCGAAACGGUUUUAAAGAAUCACAUUCUUUUAAGAAAUUCUUUUUUUCAUACUCAAGAUAUCCAGUCUCUCCGGACCUGGCGGUCCUAACUGAAAAAGAAGUCCUGUUUCAAGCAACCAUACUAAAAUAUCUAUAACCCAAGUAAUUGAUUUCAAUAGUUUCUUUACAGGAAAAGGCGGGGAAAGAGGAAGCGGGGGCCUUUAGUCGUUGUGUUUUGGAUGUUGGGAUCGUUAUACA